GUUCGCCAUGGAGCCCUUCUGUCCGCUCCUGCUGGCCGGUGUUAGCUUGCCGCUCGCCAGGGCUCUCAAGGGCAACGAGACCACCGCGGCGGUCAGCAACUGGACCUCGACGACCUCAGGCCCUCCCGCCCCGGGCGCGCCGCAGCCGCUGCUGGCCUGGCUUCUGUUACCUCUGAUGCUGCUCGUCCUCCUCCUGCUCCUCGCCGCCUACUUCUUCAGGUUCAGGAAGCAGAGGAAAGCCGUGGUCAGCGCCAAUGACAAGAAGAUGCCCAACGGGAUCCUGGAAGAACAAGAACAACAAAGAGUGAUGCUUCUCAGCAGGUCCCCCUCCGGGCCCAAGAAGUACUUUCCCAUCCCCGUGGCACACCUGGAGGAGGAGAUCCGAGUCCGCUCCGCAGAUGACUGCAAACGCUUUCGGGAGGAGUUCAAUUCGUUGCCGUCUGGACACAUACAAGGAACUUUUGAACAGGCCAAUAAGGAAGAAAACAGAGAAAAAAACAGAUACCCCAACAUCCUUCCCAAUGAUCAUUCCAGGGUGAUUUUGAGCCAGGUGGAUGGAACCCCGUGUUCAGAUUACAUUAAUGCUUCCUACAUAGAUGGUUACAAAGAGAAGAAUAAAUUCAUCGCCGCUCAAGGCCCCAAACAGGAGACAGUUAACGACUUCUGGAGAAUGAUCUGGGAGCAGAGGUCCGCCACCAUCGUCAUGUUGACGAACCUGAAAGAAAGGAAAGAGGAGAAGUGCUCGCAGUACUGGCCGGACCAGGGAUGCUGGACCUACGGGAACAUCCGUGUGUGCGUGGAGGACUGCAUGGUUCUGGUAGAUUACACCGUCCGGAAGUUCUGCAUACAGUCCCAGCUCCCCGAUGGCUGCAAAGCCCCACGGCUUGUCUCCCAGCUGCACUUCACCAGCUGGCCCGACUUCGGAGUGCCUUUCACCCCCAUCGGGAUGCUGAAGUUCCUGAAGAAAGUGAAGGCCCUCAACCCCGCCCAUGCCGGGCCCAUCGUGGUCCACUGUAGCGCUGGCGUGGGCCGGACGGGCACCUUCAUCGUGAUCGAUGCCAUGAUGGACAUGAUGCACAGCGAGCAGAAGGUCGAUGUCUUUGAAUUCGUGUCCAGAAUUCGCAACCAGCGCCCUCAGAUGGUGCAAACAGACAUGCAGUACACGUUCAUUUACCAAGCCUUACUGGAGUACUACCUCUACGGGGACACCGAGCUGGACGUGUCCUCUCUGGAAAAGCACCUGCAGACGUUACACAGCACCGCCGCCCACUUCGACAAGGUCGGGCUGGAGGAGGAGUUCCGGAAACUGACCAAUGUCCGGAUCAUGAAGGAGAACAUGAGGACGGGCAACCUGCCUGCGAACAUGAAGAAGGCCAGGGUCAUCCAGAUCAUCCCAUAUGACUUCAAUCGGGUGAUCCUCUCCAUGAAAAGGGGUCAGGAAUACACAGACUACAUCAACGCCUCGUUUAUAGAUGGCUACCGACAAAAGGACUACUUCAUCGCGACCCAGGGACCGCUGGCGCACACAGUGGAGGACUUCUGGAGGAUGGUGUGGGAGUGGAAGUGCCACACGGUCGUGAUGCUGACGGAGGUCCAGGAGAGAGAGCAGGAUAAAUGCUACCAGUAUUGGCCGACAGAGGGCUCCGUGACUCAUGGCGAAAUAACAAUCGAAAUAAAAAGUGAUACGCUUUCGGAAGCCAUCAGCAUACGGGACUUCCUGGUCACCUUCAAUCAGCCGCUGGCCCACCAGGAGGAGCAGACCCGCGUGGUCCGCCAGUUCCACUUCCACGGCUGGCCCGAGAUCGGGAUUCCUGCCGAGGGCAAGGGCAUGAUCGACCUCAUCGCGGCUGUGCAGAAGCAGCAGCAGCAGACGGGCAACCACCCCAUCACCGUGCACUGCAGUGCUGGAGCCGGGCGGACAGGCACCUUCAUAGCGCUCAGCAACAUUCUGGAACGAGUAAAAGCCGAGGGCCUUUUAGACGUGUUCCAAGCUGUGAAGAGUUUGCGGCUUCAGAGACCACAUAUGGUGCAAACCCUGGAACAGUAUGAAUUCUGCUACAAAGUGGUACAAGAUUUUAUUGAUAUAUUUUCUGAUUAUGCUAAUUUCAAAUGAAAAUUCCUGCCUUAAAAUAUUUUUUAAUUUAAUGGUCAGUAUAUUUUAUAAAAAUCAUGUUAAUUUAUUUCAUAGUUGACAUUAAUGCCCGUCCUAAUUUCUCUGUAUAUAUUUUGUUAUGCUUUGAAGGCCACUUGCUGUAAAAACUGGAACCGUGUAUUAAGGUUAAGUAAUGUCCCAUAAAAUAUAUUUCUGCUAAUACCAGUAAAUAUGUUAAUUUUGCAUCA